AUGUCGGGAGGAGGGACUGGGAACAGCUUGCGGAAGACACUUGGUGCACUAAAGGAUACUACCACUGUCAGUUUGGCAAAAAUAAAUAGUGACUAUAAGGAAUUGGACAUUGCCAUUGUUAAGGCCACAAAUCAUGUGGAACGUCCGGCGAAAGAAAGACACAUAAGAGCUGUCUUCUCUGCUAUUUCUGCUACAAGACCAAGAGCUGAUGUUGCCUAUUGCAUUCAUGCCCUUGCAAGGCGGUUAGCGAAGACUCAUAACUGGGCUGUUGCCUUGAAAACUUUGAUAGUCAUCCAUCGUGCUUUAAGAGAGGUUGACCCAACAUUCCAGGAAGAGCUUAUCAAUUAUGGUAGAAGCAGAAGCCACAUGUUGAACAUGUCUCAUUUUAAGGAUGAUUCUAGUCCAAAUGCAUGGGAUUAUUCUGCUUGGGUCCGGACCUAUGCUUUAUUCUUGGAGGAAAGGCUGGAAUGUUUCCGUGUUUUAAAAUAUGAUAUUGAGACAGAUCGUCCGAGAACCAAAGAUUUGGACACUCCAGAAUUGCUAGAACAGUUACCAGCUCUGCAGCAACUUCUUUUUCGUGUUCUUGGUUGCCAGCCACAUGGUGCUGCAGUCCACAAUCACGUGAUACAGUUGGCACUUUCAAUGGUUGCUUCAGAAAGUAUCAAAAUCUACAAUGCUAUUAGCGAUGGCACUGUCAAUUUGGUUGACAAGUUUUUUGAGAUGCAACGCAAUGAUGCUCUUAAGGCUUUGGAUAUAUAUCGGAGGGCUGGCCAGCAGGCAGAGAGUCUCUCAGAGUUUUAUGAAGUAUGUAAAAAUCUUGAUGCUGGACGGGGGGAACGUUUUAUCAAAAUUGAACAGCCCCCUGCAUCAUUUGUACAAGCCAUGGAGGAGUAUGUCAGAGAAGCACCUCGCCUUUCAACAGUUCGUAGGGAUUCGACUGUCGAUGAGAAAUCCAAGGUCACCCUUGCCAUAGAAUACAAAAAGUCUCCAGAUGUGAAGGAGGAAGUGUCUCCUCCACCCCCACCACCUCCGGAACCUGAACCUGAGCCAGAACCAAUCAAGGCAGAAGCUCCUGUUGUGGAAGAACCAGACUUACUGGGUCUGAAAGAACCAAAUCCAGCUGCAUCAGAGUUGGACGAGAAGAAUGCGUUGGCUUUAGCCAUUGUACCUGUUGAUGCUGCUGACCAACCGGCUUCAACUGGUUUGACUAAUGGAGCUACUGGCUGGGAAUUGGCGCUUGUUACUGCUCCCAGUUCCAAUGGGAGUGCAACAACUACCAGCAAACUGGCUGGAGGACUGGACAAACUCACAUUAGACAGCUUAUAUGACGACGCAAUCAGAAGAACCAGCCAGCCUGUAAGCUAUAAUCCUUGGGAACAAGCACCAAUGGCCAGUCAGAUGAUGGUACCAACAGUGCAUGAUCCAUUCUAUGCCUCCAACAGAGUAGCUGCCCCAACUAAUGUUCAAAUGGCAGCCAUGGCCAACCAACAACAGGCAUUCAUGUUUCAGCAGCAACCGCAGAUGAUGAUGACGAGCCCGCCACCGCAACCCGGUAAUCCCUUUGGCAAUCCAUAUGGAGCUGGCGUCCACCCCUACGGCCCAGGCAUGCCAGUUCAGCAAGCAUACAAUCCAUAUUCAGGUCUCAUCUGA